GACUGAAUCAGCUGCUCUCUCUCUCUCUCUCUCUCUCUCUCUCUCUCUCUCUCUCUCUUUUGCUCUCUCUCUCUCUCUCUCGCAGCCCUGCCCACUCCUGGUACAGAGAGGCACAGAUGAGCAGUUAGCUGGAGCGGAAGGCUGCUGCUAUACACUGAAGAGCCUGGAGCAGACGCAGCAUCUCUAAUAGAGCACACAGACAGAGGCUGGAGAGGAGAAUAAACACUCAGCCGCAGCAUCGCUAUGCCAGCCCCGUGCAUCAGCCUGGCAGGGCAGCAGAGGGAGUGGAGGCAGGCUGGCAGAGCUGCAGCACUGGGGCUGUCCAUUCUACCAGGAGAGGGCAAGAAGAAGAUGGACGGCACUGCCAGGAAUAGGAGAGAGACUGGGCCCGACAUGACGCCCAAACCGGAGCACAAACAAACAGGCUGUGUCCCAUCUGUGCCCACAUCAGCACAGCUCACUAACCACAGAAGAAAUGGCAGCGCUGCAGAGUCACAAGCACUAAAGGUGGAUGAGAGGUUACGACUAGCUCGUGAGCGAAGAGAGGAGCACCUCAAACAGCUCGCGAGCCGGGAGCGAGGCUGGCUGGACAGAGAGGAGAGGGCCAGGAGGUUCUACGAGAAGCACCUGGAGGAACGUCGGAAGAAGCUGGAGGAGCAGAGACAGCGGGAGGAGAGGAGGAGGAUGGCGGUGGAGGAGAAACGCAAACAGAGGCUUAAAGAGGAGAGAGAGCGGUACGAAUCUGUGGUGCAGAAAACCAUGGAGAGGAGUCAGAAAGCCAAACAGAGAGCGGGCACAGGUCAGAGGGGAGGUGGCACUGCCAGGAGCAGCACAAAUGCUAAACGCCGCUCUCUUAGUCAGUGGGAGAUAGACCUGGUUAACCGUCUUCAGACCCCCACUAUCUCUUAUCUAGCCAGAAGCAGAAGUGCUGUGUGUCUGUCACGAGGAGAAGCUGUUCAUGUUUGUCGACGUUCAGCUUCAUGCCACUCUAUGAGCUCCAGUGCUCCACAGAGAACGCGUCAGGGCGGAGGAGCGCUGCCACACAGAGCCGUCAGCAGGCCCGGGGUGAAGAACAGCAGCCACAGAUCAUCCAGCAAAGAACAGGGGUCAAACGGUAAUCUUGAGAAAAGGCAGUGGAAGACGCCACAGUCUCACAGAGCGGCUGCUAAAGCCAACUCCAGAUUAGACACGGCUCUACAGGACAAAUCACUACUCUCCUCAUCACCACCAGGUCCUUCAGUAAGACCGCCUCCGAGACAAGCAUCUCCCAGACAGGAGUGUUUGCCUCCCCUGGCUGAGGAGGACACAGAGUCAGAGCCUGUGUCUGACUCCACUCAGUUUCAGUGUAAUAAACCAGCUCCUCCGUUUCUGCGAGAAGAUGCUGGACAGAACGGUCCAGUCCUGCCAAACACGGCCCCUCUGGGACCCCCAGCUCCUGCUGCCUGCACUCAGCCUCCCAACGUGCAAAGCUCGAUUACUGCUGGGGGGCAAAGCAGACCCUCAGCAGGAACCACAGACCCUGAAGAGGCGUCCCGCCUGCUGGCGGAGAAGAGGAGACAGGCUCGGCUGCAGAGAGAGAGAGAAGAGGAGGAACGCAGGCGGAGAGAAGAAAUUGAGAGGCGAGGGAGAGAAGAGCUGGCCCGUCGGAGGGCUGAGGAGCGAGAGAGGCAGGAAGCAGAAGCACAGAGACUGGAGGAGGAGAGGAAGAGGAGGGAGGAGGAGGAACAAAGAAAGGCAGAGGAAGAGAAAGUUCAGAGGCACAGAGAGGAGGAACAAAGACUUCAGCAACAGAGGGAAGAGGAGGAGGCUCGACAGAGGCUGAUAGAAGAGCAGCAGAGGCUGGAGAGAGAGCAACGCUUCCAGAGAGAGGAGUCUGAGCGGCUGGAGAGGAAGAAGCGACUAGACGAAAUUAUGAAAAGAACACGAAAAACAGAUGCAACUGAGAAGAAACCUGCUUCCUCCAGUAUCAUAAUGAAAGACAGUCUUCCGAAUGAGAAUAUAAAGCCUAUUCACAGUCUGCCGUUAGAAGACGUUAUCAAGCUGCCCAGUCCAUCAAAGGCCUCUAAGAUAGCUCUGGAGAAUGAGGAGGACAUCCUUCCUGCAGUGGCCUUUAAAGAGCGCAGGUCCCUCCGUACUCUCACCGGCCUGGAUGAGAUCCAGGCUCAUCAGAGAGCAGAAGUCAUCUAAAGAUAAACGAUCACGCGAUCUGCAAGGAGCCUGCAAGCCUGCACUUUCUUUAUAUAAGAAAACACAUGCAGAAUUGCUUCACCUGCACUUUAAGAAACCCUCUUCAACACUCUGUUUCACACCUUCAGAAUAAUACCGAAGGAUCUGACCCCUCCUGCUCUGCUGAUUGGUGUGUUUUGAGACCACGCUGCAUGUUCAGUUCAUGCUCUGUGGGAAUAAAGCUAAGCUAACAGCGUCUCAGUGUUUUACAGUGCAAUGACCUUCAGCUGAAGCCCGGACAUGCCGUAGGUUUAGAUUUACUCAGUGAUGUUUUAGGUGUUGUGUUGGGAAAUGCUAACUGUUUCAUUUAUGAUCAGUAUUUAGAGAUUAAUGAACAGGCUUGUUACACACAAAUCAAACACACACACACUCUUACAAGUGAAGGUGCUUCAAAUGGUUCUGUGCACAAGUUCCAUAAAGCCAUGUCUGCACUUUAAACCCUGGAUAAGUUUACCCAUGUUAAAAAAUGCCCAGUGCAUUAAAUAAAUUAACAAAAAAUGAUCACUUUGACAAGAUAGCAGUCACAAACCCAAAGUUUAAAACUUUAAAAAGUUUCAGGAAGGUAUAGGAACGUUAUAAAAAAAGUGUGACAUAAUAAUGGUAAUGGCAGCAGUGCACAAACCCAAAUUUUACUUCAGCAAUAAAUAGACAAUAAAAUGCAAUGUUAGCUCAAUAUAUUUUCAUUCCACUAUUUAGCAAACUGUUUUUUGACUAUAUUUAGACGAAAUAUUAACAUAAAACAUCUGAGACACCAAAACAACCACCUAGUAACACCAUAACAACCACCUGGGACAUUGUAACAACCUCGUAGCAGCACUUAGCCACUGUCCAGUUUAUACAUCAAAUCAGCAGCAAAGACUUACUUUUACCAACCUUACUAUUAUUUAUCAGUCAAAAACUCUCAUUGUUUAAUUUGUGGUAAUGUAAGAAUGUAUCAAAUAUGAAAAAAAUAUACUGUAUAAACACACCUAAGGGAACAUAGCCUGUGGAGAGUUAAUACACACUGAUGGUGAAUGGGAAAAAAGGGCAAUGGCAAAAAGAUGCCAGCUGCCAGGAGCCAAUAGGAAAGAUGUGAUGUGUAUUUAUAUUUUGGUUGAAUUGUCCAAAUAUAAAGCACGGUAAUGCACUGUAAAAAAAUUUGAAGUCACUCCAACUUAACAUCAUUAAGAAACUUUUUUUUAAAGUUAAUACAACUUUAUGGCUCAUUUGUUUUCUGCGCUUACAAAAUUAAGUUGACCUAACAAGUCUUAAAUGUUAGUUUUAAGUUGGCUGAAGUAACUAAAUAUAAGUAACUAAAAUAUAUAAGUAACUAAAAUAUAAGUAACUAAAACAUAAAUAAAAUAUAUUUUAUUAUAUAAUAUAUUUUAUUGUAUAUAAUAAAAUAUAAUAUAUAUAUAAUAAAAUAUAAUAUAUUUUAUUAUAUAUAAUAAAAUAUAAUAUAUAUAUAUAAUAAAAUAUAAUAUAUUUUAUUAUAUAUAUUAAAAAUAUAUAAGUAACUAAAAUAAAAUAUAAAAUAUAAGUAACUAAAAUAUAAUAACUAAAUAUAUGUAUGCUAGACUUGCCAACUAAAAAAUGUGUUGAAAUUAGUUGCUAAAACAUUUUUUGUUAGUUUAACAAACUGUUUAACAAAGUGUUUGUUGUACAUAUUAACAGAAAAACACUACUAAACUGAACAAUUUUUAUGAAAAAUAUAGAAAAAAAAUUUAUUGGCUCAACUUAACUCAGUCAAGUAAUUAUCUUGCUUUAAACCCAGUUAAGUUGUAAAUAUAUAACAUUUACCUGAGUUUUGUUGACAAUCAACACAUAUAUCACACUAAUGCACAACUAUGAUAAGGUUGCUUUGUGCAACAGGCAACACAAGAUGAGAAAGUAAGUAUAAGAGAGGGGGCACACCCACAUGCAAAUAUGUGGUGCCAGGAACCUAUGGGAAAGCUGUGUGAACCAACACUGUAGAAACAGCAUUGACAUGUGUAGUAACUAAAAGUUGGUUCAAAUCUCAUUUUCACUGGCUCAACAAGCAUUUUUAAGAUUUCAGAUUCAAGUUCUCUGAACUCAUUUUAUUGAGUUGUACUCAACUUCACUCAACUUAAUAAUAAUAAUAAUAACAACACAAAAUCACAUUUCAGAGUAUUUCAUUUGAAAUAACUCAGAGAACCAUUUGAAGCACCUUUACACUUUAUUUAUUUUAGACUGUAAAACAUUUUUUGUAUUCAAACUACAGCUCAUAUUAAUAUAUACAGGAUCCUAUUUUGCACCGCAGCUCUUCUGUCUCAUAUUGGUCUGAAUUGAAGUAGCUUUGCAUCAGUUGUUCUUGCUGAGCUGUGCUGCUAAAGCCCUGCUGCUGGGUCAGAAGAGCCCAACUCAGCUGUUUCCUCAGCUUCAUCACUCUCUGCAUUGCUGCUAUUUAGCUAUUCCAAAUAUGAGGUGUACAAUCAUGCUCUGAAAAAAGUUGAAAUGCAUCGAAUUUUCAAAAUUCAACAGUAUGAAUCAUUUCCACAUGAAUGAAACACGUGCAUCAGCACAGCUUUGUCUUUUUUUGUGUUUUUACUUCCUUUUAAUGAAAAUUGUGCUGAUGUAGUAUACGUAGUAUUUCAUUCAUGUUAAAAUGAUGGAAUAAAUUCAGUACAUUAACUUUUUCAGGGUGUUUUCUUUUUUUUAAUUAUCAACCAUAGGCUGUUAGAAACUGUACUCUCCGCCCUUUUUUCUAGGGGGUAUUUGUCCUCAGUGAGCUUGUGCAAUUAUCUAAACUUAUGCAUUAAUUAAAAUAUGAAUAUAGAGUGUAGAUGUACACUAUUUAAUUCAAUAUUUUAUCAGUGUAAAUAAACUCGCUUUGAAAGCAAAA